AUGGCUGACACGUUGCAACAAAAAUCUGUUAAUCAAAAAAUAAUUCGUGAAAAAUUGUCUCUGUGGGAAUCAAAGUCAGAUCCUAAGGCUUCUUUGUCAAGGAAACAAAAGGAUUCGUUGAUAGAGUUGACAGAGCAUUCAAAUUAUAGACCCAUCCCUGAAGACCUUCCUGUGGAUGAUGCUCCAGUUGUCACUACAACCUCAACAGAACCACUUUCCCCUAGAGGACAAGAUGUCUUCUUUAAACUUUUUCAAGAAUCUGGACCUCCAGAAGGAGGGAAAAUUGAAAAUGCUCAACAGUUUUUCUCCUGGUUUUCUGAGUUAGAAGAAAAUAUAGAUCAAGAUGAAGAAUCUCAAUACAGAAAUUAUACGGAUGAGUUGAAUGGAUAUAGACAACAAUGUAAUAUGGUAUUGGAUGAAGUCACACAAGCUUUAGAUUAUUUAAAGACAUUACAGAAUCAAUAUAUUAAUGUUUCUACUAAAACUAACACAUUACAUGAAGCUUGUGAACAUCUGCUAGCUGAACAGACAAAAUUAAUGAACUUUGCCGAAGGUAUAAGCAACAAGUUGUCAUACUUUAAUGAAUUCGAUAGUAUUUCCAGUAAGCUUGGUUCUCCUACUCUAUCUGUUACAAAUGAAUCAUUUAUACCAAUGUUAUCCAGAAUGGAUGAAUGUAUUCAUUAUUUUAGAAAUAAUGCACGAUAUAAAGAAUCCCAGACGUAUUUGGCCCGAUUUAAGCAGUGUUUGUCUCGCGCUCUUGGUCUAAUCAAAACACACGUUACAACUAUAUUACAAAAUGCUACACAACAAGUUCAACCUAAAAAGGACACUCCUAAUUUAGCAGACAAUGCCUUUACAUUAUUUUAUGGUAAAUUCCGAGCUAAUGCACCUCGUGUAAAAUCGUUAACAGAACAGUUGGAGAUUCGAGUUGACAAAUCACCAGAAUAUGCAGAAGUAUUAACAGAAUGUCAUCAGUGUUAUUUUCUACAAAGAGAGAAGUUAUUGGGUCCUAGUAUCGCCUCUACUGUUACAGAUCUUGCUGCUAAACAUUAUAGAGAUCAUUGUGCUCUGGUAAGAAGUGGUUGUGCUUUUAUGGUUCAUGUUUGUGAAGAUGAAUAUCAGUUAUUCUUUAAUUUCUUUUCUAAACCAACACCCUUGUUAGAUCAGAUGUUAGAAAAAAUGUGCAAUAAUUUAUAUGACGUAUUCAGACCACUGAUUAUACACGUUAAUCAUCUUGAAACCCUAUCAGAACUGUGUAGUAUUCUAAAAAUAGAAAUGAUGGAAGAGCAUAUCAGUAAUAAUAGUCAAGAAUUGGCAGCGUUUGAAGUGAUCUGUAAACAGAUGUUGAUGGACGUACAAGAACGUUUAGUAUAUAGAACAUAUAUCUAUAUCAAAUCUGAUAUAUUAAAUUAUUCACCAGCUUCAGGGGAUCUGGCUUAUCCUGAAAAACUUGAAAUGAUGGAGAGUAUUGCAGAAAGUCUGAAGAAACCAGUCAGUAGCAGCCAUUCUAGAACUCCAUCAAAUGCUUCUAGUACAAGUCAAGAAGUAGCACAGCUUACUAUAAGUCAGGAGGAUCAAUUAGGAACAGAGGCAGGACAGAUACCAACAACAAAAAUACCAGGUUUAGAAAUAACACCAACUAAUAUGCCCAUGUCACCAGCAGAUUUACAUGGUAUGUGGUAUCCUACAGUACGUAGAACACUAGUAACUCUGUCCAAACUAUAUAGAUGUAUUGAUAGAACAACAUUUCAAGGUUUAUCACAAGAAGCACUACAAGCUUGUAUAGAUUCAUUGAAGAAAGCUGAAGAUGGAAUAAGUAAAAGAAAGGUUGCAUUAGAUGGACAGCUUUUCCUUGUCAAACAUUUAUUGAUACUACGAGAACAGAUUGCACCGUUUCACGCCGAUUUCUCUAUUCGAGAAACUCAUCUAGAUUUUACCAAAUUUAAAGAGAUGACAUUCACCGAACACGGCCUGGGUUUCAGAAGUAUAAGGGAUGCAGCUUAUGCUUUAUUACAGAAGAAAUCCCAACUAUUUGCAUUAAACAGUACCAAUGCUCUUCUUCAUUUUAUACUUGAGGGAACACCACAAGUGACCGAGUUUUUUGUUGAUUCUAAACAUGAUGUGGAUCAACAAUUAAAGAAAACAUGUGAAGAUUUCAUACACCAUGUUUCAGAUAGUUUAACUGGUCCACUGAAAGCUUUUCUUUCCAGGGCAUCAGUUGUGAUAAAUAUGAAAAAGGAAGAAGCAACUGCAAGUGUUACAUUACGUCAACAGCCUUUUGCAACACCGGAAAAAGUUCACGAUGUUGUAGCAGAGACUUAUAAAAUGGUUAAAACUAAAACCCCAGGUGUAUUACGAAGUAUGGCUUUGUAUUUGGCCAAUAAAGAUACUGAAUCUAUUUUAUUUAAACCUAUCAAGGUGAAUGUUCAACAAUGUUUUCAACAAUUAGAACAGAUUUUACAAGAUGAAUAUAAUGAAGAAGAUAGGCAGAUCGUGGCUUGUCCCAGUUCAGAACAGGUUAACUUGCUGUUGUCAACUUCCAAGUGAACCAUUAAUACAAUUUAUAGAGAGGGCUACACUGUAUAUAAUAAAAUAUAUUUGUAAUCUGAGGGAUUCUCAAUUAUAACAUAUUUUGGGUUAUUCCAUGUCAAAAAUUUCAAAUUUUGGCUUGAUCGAACCGACAGUUGGACAAUAAAGGUAAAUUGCAUCAGAAUAUCAGCUUUUUGAACAAAAAGUAAGCAUAUAAUGAGGACAAUAGAAAGGGGUGGGUCUAAUUCAUUGGGUGAUUUGACGGGGAAUAACUCUUUUAUUAAAUACAGAUCGGGAAAAUUUUGUUAUUGAUUGUUAUUGUUCAAACUGAUUAAAACACAGAUCCUAUUUCGUUUCGUUUUUUUAUAGUUCAAAAUUUCAUUAUGUUAUAUUGUUAGGACUAUUGGUCUCAUAUUAGUCUUGUAUAACAAACAGAUUCUCUCAGUCAAGACAUUUUAUUCAAACCUCGUGCAACUACCAUCAACAGGUCUUGAUACUUUAAAUAGCUUCGGUUAUCACACAAACAUUACUAACACUACAUUUACGACAUACCCUGACACAUUAUACUUGUCUUUUCUACACUAGGAUCUGGAAGAGUUGUUAUUUUACUGCCGUUCUGGUUGAAGUUAGGGAUUAGCCAAUGAAACGGUCUGUUACGGGGAGUUCUUGGCGUGCGAUGCACAGAACUGUGGCUAAACCACUAAAAACAUCAAUGCAGAUUGAUUAAUCAAUGUCUGACAUCAUAGGGUCAAAAGUCACUCGCAUGACCUCUGAUGCGACCUUCCAGUACAACCGGUCGGAUCUUCAUGUAGUGUAGGUCAUCGAGAGUAUAAAAAAAAUGAAACGGAAUAUAGAUCUGUAUUUUAAUCUGAUUGGCUAUAGUUAAAACCUUAGCAUCUAUUUAUUAAUGUAAGUAAUUUGUAUAUACUGUGGAGAAAUAAUUGUAGAUAUAUA